AUGGGCAAUACCACCAGCAUUGCCGCUGGACGUGACUGUCUAGUAUCAGCUGUCGGGGGUGCUCAUGUCGCGUUCCAAGAUGCGCUUCUUUACCAGACUACCGCAGUCGAACCGUACAACUUGAAUAUCCCGGUGACCCCGGCGGCAGUCACAUACCCUCAGUCAGCGGAUGAAAUCGCUGCUGUAGUUAAAUGUGCCUCUGACUAUGACUACAAGGUGCAGGCUCGCAGUGGAGGCCAUAGCUUUGGCAACUACGGCCUCGGAGGACAAAACGGCGCCAUCGUGAUCGAUAUGAAGCACUUCUCGCAAUUCUCCAUGGACGAGUCGACCUUCGUCGCGACGAUCGGUCCCGGAACGACUCUAGGCAACCUCGACACUGAGCUUUACCAUGCAGGCAACAGGGCAAUGGCACACGGUAUUUGUCCGACCAUCCGGACAGGUGGCCACCUGACGAUGGGCGGAUUGGGCCCGACAGCGCGCCAGUGGGGUCUGGCACUUGAUCAUGUUGAGGAAGUCGAGGUGGUUUUGGCAAACUCGAGCAUUGUGCGGGCGUCGGAUACUCAGAACCAGGAUGUCUUUUUCGCCAUCAAAGGUGCUGCUGCUAGCUUCGGGAUCGUCACGGAGUUCAAAGUGCGCACGCAGGAGGCACCUGGCCUUGGGGUUCAAUAUUCGUUCACGUUCAAUCUGGGGACUCCUGCUGAGAAGGCGAAACUUGUUAAGGAUUGGCAGGCAUUUAUAGCCCAGGAGAACCUCUCCUGGAAGUUUUACUCGAACAUGGUCGUUUUGGAUGGUCAGAUCAUUCUCGAGGGUAUUUUCUUCGGCUCGAAAGAGGAGUACGAUGGGCUCGACCUGGAGAAGAAAUUCCCCACCAGCGAGCCCGGUACCGUGCUAGUUCUGACGGAUUGGUUGGGGAUGAUCGGUCAUGGACUGGAAGAUACUAUUCUGAGACUGGUCGGAGACUCCCCGACCUGGUUUUAUGCCAAGUCACUCGGAUUCACCCCCAGCACGCUGAUCCCUGGUUCAGCUAUCGAUGACUUCUUCGAUUAUAUCCACAGGUCCAACGCCGGCACUUUGGCCUGGUUUGUCACACUCAGCUUAGAGGGCGGAGCUAUCAACGCCGUGCCUGAAGAUGCCACAGCAUAUGGCCACCGCGAUGUGCUUUUCUGGGUCCAGAUUUUCGUCGCCAACCCGCUUGGUCCGAUCUCGGAGACCACAUAUGAUUUUGCCGGUGGCCUUUACGAUGUUCUGGCUGAGGCAGUGCCAGAGAGUGCGGGACACGCAUAUCUCGGAUGCCCAGAUCCUAACAUGGCCGAUGCCCAGCGUGCGUACUGGCGAAGCAACCUUCCAAGGUUGGAAGAGCUCAAGCGAGGCUUGGAUCCAAUGGACACCUUCCACAAUCCUCAGGGUGUUCAGGUUAUCUCCUGA